AUGGUGAAGCAGAGCAAAGACCGCGACAGCUGGGGCGAGUGGGCCCUGAACGAGAAGCAGACGUACGACUGGAGCUCGGAGGACGAGGAGGCGGAGUCUAAGGCGCGGCCCGUCCAGGUGCUGCUGGUGAAGGACGACCACACGUUCGAGCUGGACGAAAGCGCCCUGACCCGGAUCCUCCUCAACAGUAAAGUGCGAGACCUGGAGGUGGUGGCCGUGUCCGUCGCCGGGGCCUUCAGGAAGGGCAAGUCCUUCCUCAUGGACUUCAUGCUCCGCUACAUGUACCACCACGCUCGUGAGGACUGGCUGGGCGACUCAGAUGAACCUCUGACGGGGUUUUCGUGGAGGGGAGGAUCCGAGCGCGAGACCACAGGGAUCCAGAUCUGGAGCGAAGUGUUUUUAGUCGACAAACCCGACGGCAGGAAGGUGGCCGUGUUGCUGAUGGACACUCAGGGCACGUUUGAUUCUCAGUCGACGCUCAGAGACUCGGCCACAGUUUUCGCUCUGAGCACCAUGAUCAGCUCCAUGCAGGUUUACAACAUCUCACAGAACGUCCAGGAGGACGACCUGCAGCAUCUACAGCUCUUCACAGAAUACGGGCGUCUGGCCAUGGAGGAGACGUUCCUCAAACCGUUCCAGUCCAUGAUCUUCUUGGUGCGAGACUGGAGUUUUCCGUAUGAGUUUUCGUACGGACAAGAGGGAGGGAUGAAGUUUCUGGAGAAGAGGCUCAAGAUCUCGGAGAACCAGCACGAGGAGCUUCAGAACGUGCGGAAACACAUCCACUCGUGCUUCACAAACAUCUCGUGUUUCCUGAUGCCUCAUCCCGGCCUCAAAGUCGCCACAAACCCACAUUUCGACGGACGCAUCAAAGAGAUCGACGGGGAGUUCAUCAACAACCUGAAGGAGCUGGUCCCGUGGCUCCUGAGUCCAGAGAACAUCGACGUGAAGGAGAUCAACGGGAGUCAGAUCACCUGCAGGGGGCUACUCGAGUACUUCAAGGCUUAUAUAAAGAUCUACCAGGGAGAAGAGCUGCCGCACCCCAAGUCCAUGCUGCAGGCCACAGCCGAGGCCAAUAAUCUCGCCGCCGUCGCAGCAGCAAAAGAUCUGUACAACAAGAAAAUGGAGGAGGUCUGCGGCGGCGACCGUCCGUUCCUCGCUCCGUCCGAGCUCCAGUCGCGUCACCUGAUGAUCCGGGACGAGUCGGUGCAGCUGUUCCGCUCGGUGAAGAAGAUGGGGGGGGAGGAGUUCAGCCGCAGGUACCUGCUGCAGCUGGAGACCGAGAUCGACGACGUCUUCGUUCAGUACAUCAAACACAACGACUCCAAGAACAUCUUCCACGCGGCGCGAACGCCCGCCACGCUCUUCGUGGUCAUCUUCGUCAUGUACGUGGCGGCGGGCAUCACGGGCUUCGUGGGCGUCGACAUCAUCGCCAGUUUGUGCAACAUGAUCCUGGGUUUGGCUCUGAUCACCUUGUGCACCUGGGCCUACAUCAGGUACUCGGGAGAAUAUAGAGAACUGGGGGCCCUCAUCGACCAGGUGGCAGGGGCCCUGUGGGACCAGGGAAACACGAACGAGACUCUCCACAAGCUCUACAACGUAGCAGCCAACCACCACCGGCACCUGUACCACCACGCCUUCCCCGGGCACCACCCAGAGGAGGAACGAGGGGAGCGCGAGCGAAAGAGAGACUGA